CUCUCUCUCCUCAUAGCACAAAUGCAACCACUCCUCCCCUCUCUUGGUCUCUGGACUCGGCGGCAACAGGCGACGAUGGCGAGAACAUGCAAGUCAAAGCAGGCGACGAUGGCGACUGACGGAGAGAACUCAGGGGUAGGCGGCGAUGGUGCGAGCAGAUUCAGAGACGGAGAGCGUGCAGAUUCAGAUGGCGAUUGACGAAGGUUUCCAGACAGUGAAGGAGGUGAGAUGGCGACAUAGCGUGAAGGAGAAGAGGGUGGAGGCGAUGGCCGAUUUGAUGGAGUCGCUCGUCGGAGAGCCGAAAGGCAGGGGAGUGCGAGGGAUGUGAGUCGUCGCGGGGAAUGGCGGCCGCCGAACGGUGUGGCAGCAGCGGCGGCCACUCUGUGACCUGUGGUUUUCAUUUGGGAAUUGGGAGGGGG